GCUUUCAAACUUUGCAGCGAUUUUCAAUCCAGAGACCAGUUGCCUUAGCAGUAAACAGUGUUUACUGAACCCUGUACCUGAUCCAGCUAAUUUUUAGCACCAGAGAUUGAAUUUAACAAUGAUCACUCAUGAGACAGAUGUGCAGUACAGUCGAUGGAAUGACAAUGCCCAGGACCAGGUCACCAUCAGCAUUUCUGCAAUAGAAGCUUCAGGCUGUAAAAGGAUUUAUGAUAAAUUAUGCACCGGAAAACUAGGCAUUGUGAUGAAAGUACUUGGAGGAAUUGCUGUGUUUUGGAUCAUCUUCAUCAUUGGUUAUGUGACAGGCUACUAUGUCCACAAGUGCAAAUAG